AUGAGAAGUGAUAAUGAGACAUAUGUGGUAGGUUUUACCCUCCUUGGACUCUUUCCGGGAACAAGGCACAUUAGUCUCCUGAUCUGCAUCAUUCUCCUUGUCUACAUUGUUGCCGUCACAGGAAACACUGGUCUGGUCCUUCUCCUCUUACUGGAUUCCCACCUCCACAGCCCAAUGUACUUCCUACUCAGUCAACUCUCUCUCAUGGACAUCUCACUUAUUUCCACCACUGUUCCCAAGAUGCUUACCAACUUUUUCUCAGGGACAUCAGAUAUUUCAUACAUUGCCUGUGGGAUUCAGAUCUAUUUCCAUUCUGCCCUUGGAGGCAGUGAAUGUAUCUUGCUCACUCUGAUGUCUUAUGACCGAUAUGUAGCUAUUUGUAAUCCCUUGAGGUAUGUGACCAUUAUGAAUUCUGAGGUUUGCUUGCAGAUGGCCAUUGUGUCCUGGGCAGGGGGAGCAUUUAAUGCCCUAGUCCAAACCACAUAUACCAUGCAUUUUCCCAGAUGUGGUUCAAGAGAAGUCCACCAUUUCUUCUGUGAGCUACAGGCAGUGCUUAAACUGUCAUGUGAAGACACAUCAAUUUACGAGAAAGUGGUGUUCAUAAUUGGAAUUGUGUUCCUUCUCACACCCUUUGGCCUCAUUCUGGCCUCCUACAUUUUUAUCUUCCUCAGUGUUCUCCAUCUAAAUUCCACCAAGGCAAGGAAUAAAGCUCUCGCUACUUGCUCUUCCCAUAUGAUGGUGGUGUUUCUCUACUUUGGUCCAACCAUGUUCAUCUACAUGAUUCCCAGUGCCUUGCACACCUCAGAGCAAGAUGAGAGUCUCUCUAUAUUCUAUACCAUCCUCACCCCCAUGUUGAAUCCCCUCAUAUACAGUCUAAGGAACAAGGAGGUGGGAGAGGCUCUGAGGAAAGUUUUGGGCAAAUCUUGA